UUUUAUAGCUUUUUUAAUUAUUUAAAUAGUUUAUUUUUAGCAAAAUAAAAUGAAGCUCAUUAUUUUUGGAGUAUUGAUAGCUAUGGUAUUCACCAUGCCCAAAAACAGUAUGUUCCAGUCUCACAUUCAUACUAUAAACAAUAUGAAAACUACAUGGGAAGCAGGAGAAAAUUUUGGCCCUCAUAUAACUUCAGACUACAUUAGGAAUUUGUGUGGCGCUUUAAAAACCCCCCUUAGUAAAAAGCUACCAAUUAAAGAUCUUUCUAAAGAAGUGCACGACCUUCCUAUUGAGUUUGAUGCUCGUAAAGAAUGGGGAAGUAUUUGUCCCAGUCUUUUAGAAGUUCGAGAUCAAGGAGAGUGUGGAAGUUGUUGGGCAUUUGGUGCUGCAGAAGCAAUGACAGAUCGUAUCUGUAUUGCUACCAAAGGUAAAAAUCAAGUUCGUAUAUCAACUGAAGAUUUACUGACAUGUUGUGAUUCAUGUGGUUUUGGUUGUAAUGGGGGCUACCCACAAUCUGCAUGGGAAUUUUUUAAAACUAAAGGCAUUGUUACUGGUGGUCCAUACAAUUCUCAUAAAGGAUGCCAACCGUAUGCCAUUCGUGCUUGUGAUCAUCAUGUUCCUCAUUCAAAAAAUCCUUGCAAUGGAUCAUUACCUACACCUAAGUGUGAAAAAGUUUGUGAGAAAGGUUAUAACAUCACUUAUAAAAAUGACAAGCAUUAUGGUGUAACUAGUUAUUCUAUAAAUAAUGAUCAAAAUGAAAUUAUGAGGGAAAUCAUGACCAAUGGACCUGUUGAAGCAGCUUUUACUGUUUUUGCAGAUUUUCCUAACUAUAAGUCUGGAGUUUACCAACAUGUAAGUGGUGAAGAACUUGGAGGUCAUGCAAUCAAAAUUUUAGGCUGGGGUGUAGAAAAUAAUACUCCAUACUGGCUUGUUGCUAAUUCAUGGAAUCCAAGCUGGGGAGAUAAUGGCUUUUUCAAGAUUUUGAGAGGAUCCGACGAAUGCGGUAUCGAAGAUGAAGUUGUUGCUGGGUUACCUAAAGUAUAACGACUGUUGUGCAUUUCCAGUUAAUAGGAUUAAUAUCUUUAAUAGGAUUAAUAUCUUUAAUUUAGUAUAAACUUUUGUAACUUUUUUUGUAAGCAAACAUUUUAAAAUUAUUUUUGUUAAAAAAAUUUGUAAAAAUUUUUUCUUCACAUUAACCUAUGUAAACAAAGCUACAAAAAAAGUCUUAAAUUGUUAA